CUUGCAAACAGGCGCCCGGCAAGAAGUACUGUGAGGUCUGGUGAAACGAUGGCGUCUAAACCACAGGGAACGUGCUUUAUUUCUGCCUUUAAUCAGUCGUCGAUUAGCGGCAGCUUUCGUUGAGUUAAUUGGGGAAGUCACAGUGUCGGAGAAUGCUAACCGGUUAGCCCGGCGUCGUUGCUAGCUGGCUAAGGAAGUUAGCCAGUUAGCUAGCAAGCCGCGUCAGCUUGCCGGAGGCUGUUCUCUUGUUUCGCGCAUUUCACGCCUGUGGACGGAGCUUUGCAACUUUCAAAAGAUCACCGAAAGGAAAACCUCGGAUUGUGUCUUCACUCAUUUCUAAUGUGAUUCAGUGAAAGUUCCGUCGUCUUGUUUAGAAAUGAGGAGUCCACACAGUUUCUCCUGAGCGGCUGGUUGUCUGCCAGCGCUGCUCUUUUGUUUUGACAAAGGAGAAGGAACUGAGUUUCUUUCCCACAUCAGGUGGGAGUAAAGUUUCUUUGGCCGCUUUUUUAUUUGGGUAUUUGUCGCGACGAUGGCUCCACACAAGCAGAGCUCCUCAGGUGGGAGCCACACGUUGGGCUGCGGUGCCGGAGGAAAAGCCAACGGGUUCCACCAGGCAUCGUCCUCCUCCGCCUCCUCCUCCUCCGCGGUGGUCGCAGCCAAGAAGUCCAACAUGCAACAGAUCCAAGCCGACCACGAGUUGUUCCUGCAGGCCUUCGAGAAACCAACUCAGAUCUACAGGUUCCUCCGCACGAGGAACUUAAUCGCUCCCAUAUUCUUGCACAGGACUCUCACCUACAUGUCCCACAGAAACUCAAGGAAUAAUGGCAAAAGGAAAAGCUCCAAAGUGGACAAUCUGCUGUUUAAAGUGGAGAAGAUGAGGGGAGAGCUAGAGACUCACAGCUUGGCCUCUAACCUGCAGCUCACCUUCACUGGUUUCUUUCAUAAAGCUGGGAAACCAUCUCAGGACUGUGAGAAUGAGCAGAACUCUGUGUCGCUGGAGGUGCUGCUGGUCAAAGUGUGUCACAAAAAGAGGAAGGAUGUGAGCUGUCCAGUGAAGCAGGUCCCCACAGGGAAGAAGCAGGUUCCCCUGAACCCGGACACAGGCGCUGGAGUCCAGGCCAAGCCGAGCCCCAUCCCCUCCCUGCUGGUCCCCAGCAGCGAGUUUGAACCCAGCAACUCUCACAUGGUCAAAUCUUACUCGUUACUGUUCAGAGUGUCACGGCCCGGAUUCCCCCGAACACAAGUCAACGGCCUGACCAACGGAGAGAGUCACCACAACAGAGAUUUUACAGAGGAAGUGGUGAACAGGAAGAGGAGGAGCUCCUCUCUCAGGGAGGAGGGAGAAGCCACAUUUGUGGCUCAGAUGACCGUCUUUGAUAAAAACAGACGUCUGCAGUUGUUAGACGGAGAGUAUGAGGUGUCGAUGCAGGAGAUGGAGGAGUGUCCUGUCAGUAACAAGAGGGCAACCUGGGAAACCAUCCUUGAUGGAAAGCGUCUGCCUCCAUUUGAGAGUUUUUCCCAGGGUCCCACGCUGCAGUUCACCCUGCGUUGGACCAGUGACUCCUCUGAUCGCUCUACUGCACCUGUGGCUAAACCUCUGGCCACCCGCAACUCUGAGACCAACCAGGACACCAGACCCAGCACGCUGAGAGCAACGCAGACACUGGCUCUAAAAGAAUCGAUCAACACUGAUGUACAAAGUAGAAGAGAACAAAUCUCAGCAGAGCCCAGACAGAAACUACGCAUCUUCUACCAGUUCCAGUACAAUAACAACACUCAGCAGCAGACGGAGGCCAGAGACGACCUCCACUGUCCCUGGUGUACGCUCAACUGCAGGAAGCUCUACAGUCUGAUCAAACACCUAAAACUGUCCCACUCCCGCUUCAUCUUCAACUAUGUGCCACAUCCUAAAGGUGCAAAGAUUGAAGUCUCCAUCAACGAGGGUUAUGAUGGUUCCUACGCAGGAAAUCCUCAGGACAUCCACAACCAGCCAGGCUUUGCCUUCAGCAGGAAUGGCCCUGUCAAGAGGACCGUCGUCACCCACGUGGUCGUCUGCAGACCCAAGAGGACGAAGCCAAGUCUGUCUGAGUUUCUUGAGUCUGAGGACGGCGAUCAAGAGCAGCAGAGGUCGCACAUCAGCGGACACAACCGCCUCUACUUCCACAGUGACAGCUGUGUGCCUAUGCGGCCUGGUGAGAUGGAGGUGGACAGUGAGGACGAGAAGGACCCCGACUGGCUCAAAGAGAAAACCGUUAAGCAAAUCGACGAGUUCACAGACGUCAACGAAGGCGAGAAGGAGAUCAUGAAGCUGUGGAACCUGUACGCCAUGAAGCGUGGCUUCAUUGCAGAUAACCAGAUGAACAAGGCCACUCUAGUGUUCGCCAAGCAACACGGCGCCCACAUCGUCAAACACAACCUCAGUCGCAACUUCCUGCUGCACCUGGUCAGCAUGCACGACUUCAACCUGGUCACCACACUGACCAUUGACCAGGCCAUGGCAGGACUCCGCCUCCUCCAGAGUCAGGCAACUCAGAGUGACAAAGACGAGGAGGAGGAGGAGGAAGAAGAGGAGGACUGGGAGACAGCUGUGGAGUCCCAGCCAGAGCUGGAUCCUGAACUAGACCCCUCCGAGUAUAAACCCUGUAGUGAAGAGAAGGGCAACCACGGGGGUCGGGGGAAGCAGGAGGAAGAGAAGCAGGAGCAGGUGGACGAGAAGCAGGAGGAAGAGAAGCAGGAGGAAGAGAAGCAGGAGGAAGAGAAGCAGAAGGAUGAGAAGCAGGAGGACGAGGAGCAGGAGGACGAGAAGCAGGAGAAAGAGAAGCAGGGGGACGAGGAGCAGGAGAAUGAGGAGCAGAUGGAAGAAGAGCAGUGACAGACAGGAUGUGAAACAGAUCCAAAACAGGACAUGGAUUUGAAAAACUGAUGCUACAAACCAGAAUCAAGAAAAGGCGACGGACAAAAAAACAAACAGGUGUUAAAACACUCAAUUCACUGCAGGGUUCGUAUUUUCAUCAGAAAUGAGACAAACUUUUUAUUACAAAAGUCGUUUGUUUUUCUCAGUUUUUACACAUUUAAACAGGAGAAACCCUUCGAGCUCAAUACUCAUGGAAGUGAAGGAUUCAGUCCACCAGGUAAACAAAUGAAUCAAGCUCAGCCUCGAGUCUUGAUUUGUAGCAACAGAUUUAAUAGAAAUAAAGCAUGCAGGUGAUCUAGAUUUUUUCUAAUUGUCAACAAAUGCCACCAAAAAUAACAAAACAACAAAGUGUUAAUUCUCAACGCUUUCCAACUUCUCCGUCUGUAGCUCUCAUCUCAAAACACACUGGUUUGUCCGUAACACAAAUCUUAAAUAUCAAACAAAGCAGUUUUUUUAAUGGGAGGAAAUAGUGCAUUUGUUUAGGACUAUUCUCAGUGAUGGAUUCAUACAAAAUUUGUUGCUCAAUUGAGUAUUUGAGGCAGCAGGUCGAUGUGUGUGUGACUCAAAUGGUAUUUGAUUCACACACUUAUUUGCAGGAGACAGUCAUUUUUUGUUUGGAUCAUUUAGGGAUUUGUUGACGAUAAGAAAAUGUAAGAAUGAGACGAGCCGACAUGUUUUUUCUGUUGGUAUAGUUUAUUUUUCAAUGUUCAAAACAAACUAUAAUUGAAAAGUGGAUGAUCCGAGGCAGAGAAGAGCCAAUCGCUGACCUUCCAGAACAUAAACUGUAAACAAAGAUGGACGGUGCUUCUCAACUUCCUCCUGUCAAACAAAAAUGAAGCCAAGAGAUCUUGGAUACUGAUGCCACCAUCUUAUGCUGGUGACUUCAUUUGGAGCCAGAGCAGGAGUGAUCAUGGAGUGAGCCGCACCAUCAAGGUCCUGCGAUACACCUACCAAACCAAUCACCUCUUUUUCAUUUCAUCACUUGAAACCAAACUUAUCAGAAACAUGAACACUUGAACAACCGUCAGUGUGAUAAGAACUAGAUAAAAUGACAGAAACUUUGUUAAAUGGGUACUUCAUUUUGUUUUGUUUGAUCCUUGUCCCAUCUGCUAAUAUGGAUAAGGCUGUAUUUAUGUACUAUCCUGCAGCCAACCACAAGGAGGAAAGGGAGACUCUUUGGCUUCACUUUCUGGAGCUUGUCAUGUUGUCCAUCUUGAUUUAUAGUCUCACCUGCAGAACCCUGAAACAUCGACUGGAGAUGAUUUUAAACCAGUCAUUUCUCAACUGGGGUUUGGUUUAUUUUCCUCGUUGAAGCACCUGCCCACUUCACCUGUUAUGUACAUAAGACUUUGUGUAUCUAUAUGUAAUAAAUUAGCUUUUGAAUAUGGAUGUUCAGAAACCUGAACACCAUGCAGGAGUAUUUGUUAGCUUCUUAGUUUACAGACCAAAGGGGAUUAAUUUGCUACAGAUUUCCUCGUUCCUGUUUCGCGUCUUAUGUGAAAAUGAAAAACACGAUUUCUGCGAAGCAGACUCAGGCUGAAUCAUCCGACAGCAUGUCACUGCCUCAAAUGCUCUGACGGAACAAGCACCCGGUGCAAAUGCUGGUGCUGCCUUAUAGUUUUAAGUUUUACUGCUCAGUUUUGAUCGCAGUAUGAGCAUCCAGAUGUGACCAGCUGUUGGGAACUGGCACUACUGCAGACAUAUUUUCAAGUUUGAUGGGAACAGUUGAUUUUAUGUGUAACUCAUGUUUCAGUGCCGCUCUUUAAAAGCUUUACAUCAGUCAGACGUCGGACGGUGACUGACCCAGCGAGCAGAAAACUGGUUUAUUACGUGACAGUUCUGAGUGUCGUUCGGAGCACUUUUUCUUUUAUCAGUUUGCUGUUCAUUUUAAAGUACGUUUUUUCCCCCACAUGAGACCAGCAGCAUUUUGCACAGUACAAGAAGAGCCAUGUCAAGAAAACAAGACUUUUCUUUAACAAUAAUGUAAAACUAGCUGAGUCAAAAUGGUUGUUUAUUAAAAAGAAUAAUUUUGUACAAUUUCCAGAAAUAUGGUCCAUUUCUUUCAACAACCUCAUUUACCACAUGUACAAAACACAUUUAGGCCAUUAACUGCAGCUUGUACCAGGUUAUCUAACACAGUACUGACCUAACAAAGCAGAAAUAUUAGAAUACCAAAAAUCACACGGAUUUGUCUUAACUUCUGUCGAAUUAAAGUUUUAUUUUGAAAA